AUGGAGACUUACUCGGUUCUUCAUGUGAUAUUUACGACUUCUCCACGACUGCUUUGUGUAGCAACACAACAGAAAAAUACUGGCCAGAACUUGGAAGAGGACCAGAGUCACAGCCAAAAUGAGCAGAAGGUUGAACCCAGCUCUGCUGAAAAAAUGUUAACUGAAGAAAAGGCCAAACUGGAAGAACAACUAAAAGAAGUUAAUGACAAGUACAAGCGUGCCUUGGCAGAUGCAGAAAACGUGAGGCAAAGAAGCCAGAAACUGGUAGAAGAGGCAAAGUUAUACGGGAUUCAGAGCUUCUGUAAGGACUUACUAGAAGUUGCAGACAUUUUGGAGAAAGCAACAGAAAGUGUUCCAAAAGAAGAAAUUAAGGAUGAAAAUCCUCACUUGAAGAGCUUAUACGAAGGUCUUGUUAUGACAGAAGUACAGAUUCAAAAAGUGUUUAAAAAACAUGGCCUGCUCAGACUGAAUCCUGUUGGAGCCAAGUUCGAUCCCUAUGAACAUGAAGCAUUGUUCCAUGCUCCCAUGGAAGGGAAGGAGCCUGGCACUAUUGCAUUAGUGUCCAAGAUUGGCUAUAAGCUGCACGGGCGCACACUGCGGCCUGCCUUGGUGGGUGUUGUGAAAGACGCGUAGCUGCUUGAUCUGGGAAUUUAAAAUGCCAUGCAACUAUUAAACAGCUGGAUGGUUUUUUCUCUUACACCAUGCUUUCCUCAUUCCUCUGCCCCCUGAGAGGUUUAAAUGAAUUGGUUGAGGUCUCCCGGUGAAAAUGAAGCAACUGAGGAAAUUCUCCUGCUUAGAGGCCUUCAACAGCACUGUUCUUCUCAUAAUCUCUCUUCUUAAGUGUGACAUACAAGAGCCAUUAAGCCCUCGUAAUGCUUUAGAGUAGGCAAAGGUUUUGUACAACUAUUGCUACUGAAGGUGCAUUAAAUUGAACGGAACUAAAUGCUCACAAGAAUUCUGCAAUCUCAUGUUUAUCACUGUGUAGACUGAAAAUCCAAGUCGUGGUUCAAACACUUCCUUUUGUUUUGUAGACUCUUAACAUUGCAGAAGUGGGUGAAGUUGUACAAAUAACCCGUUUUCUGCAAGCGUCCAUCAGCUUUCACACACUGAUGUGAUAAAUGCCCUUUUUUGUCUCUUCAGAAAUAAUCUCUCUCAGUGACUGAAACUGAAACCCUUGUGAAUUCCGACCUGUAAAUAAAAGGCAAUGGAGAGUAGACAACUCUUGUAAUUGUUCAACCCUUUUUGUUCCCUCGUAACGUUAACUCAAGAGAACCAUCUAAUACUUGUAUGGCAUUGAAGAACCAACAGAAUUUAUCCUAUCUCUGGAUUUUUAAUUUAAUAGUGUAUAAAUUGGUUUAA